GAUGGUACAAACUCUUGUUUCAAUUUGUUAUGUCCUGCUUUUGUACUUAUAAAUACAGAAAUAGCGGUAGAUUCAAUAAUUUCUCCCGUUUCACAACCUGGAGUGAAGACAUAUGACCUCGAUUUUAACUUAAAUUGGGACCUAAACAAUGGAAAUUGGUGGUUAUUUAUUACAAAUACUCAUACACCAAUUGGUUUUUGGCCUCAAGAGGUGUUUGAUGAUUUUGCGUUUUUUGCAACAAGAGUUGAAUUUGGCGGAGUGGUAUAUAGUGCACCUGGAAUACUUGAACCGCCCAUGGGAUCAGGCUCUUUCCCGGUAGGAAACACUACGCGUGAUGGAUGUUGCAGAAAUAUUACAAUUUUAAAUGAUAAAGGCGAAAAUAUAGACAUAGGUAAAUUGACGACACAUGUAGAUAGUCCUAAUUUAUACAACGCUGUCGAUGUUGAAAAUGCUGGGGAUGAUUGGAAACAUAUGGUUUUGUAUGGUGGACCUGGUGGCUUGUGA